GUACAGCCGGAAGUGUGGUGCUUUAUUUUUGGGUGAAGUGAAACCAAUCGGAGCGGCGCAGGGAGGACAGCGAUGGGACAUAUGCGUUAUUUACCCAGAAUAAAUCCAAGUCAGAGCUGGACUACAGUCGUACUCACAAACAGUCGGUAGUUACAGUUGUAACACUGCUCGACUGCCUGUUAUUGGUACAGUUGUAUUAGACUGUAGGCAGUUUCAGUGUAACUUGGCCGGACUGACUUUGUAGCGGGAGGAAGUUUGCUCCGAAGGGAAACAUAAUAGGAAACUAGGGAGGGCCACAGUGUCCCGCCAUGGAGGAGACCGGUUCGGCCCUGGAGAAGAACGUGGCUGACCUGACGGUGAUGGACGUCUACGACAUCGCCGCCGUGGUGGGCCAGGAGUUCGAGCGGAUUAUUGACCAGUACGGCUGUGAGGCUCUGUCCAGGCUCAUGCCCAAGGUGGUGCGGGUGCUGGAGAUCCUGGAGGUGAUGGUGUGCCGCAGCAGCAUCAGCCCGGACACCGAGGAGCUGCGACUGGAGCUGGACAGGCUGCGGCUGGAGAGGAUGGACCGGAUGGAGAAGGAGAAGAAGCACAGGAAGGAGCUGGAGCUGGUGGAGGAUGUGUGGAGAGGAGAAGCUCAGGACCUGCUCUCACAGAUCGCUCAGCUGCAGGAGGAGAACAAAAUCCUGCUCACCAACAUGGCCAUCAAAGAGCCCCUGAGUGAGGAGGACCUACAGAGGCAGGAGGGUAUGUCUGACAGAGAGCGGCAGGUGAUGAAGAAGCUGAAAGAGGUGGUGGACAAGCAGCGAGAUGAGAUUCGAGCCAAGGACCGGGAGCUGACAUUAAAAAAUGAGGACAUAGAAGCACUCCAGCAGCAGCAGUCCCGUCUCAUGAAGAUCAACCACGACCUGCGUCAUAAAAUCUCUGUGGUGGAGGCUCAGGGAAAAGCUCUUAUAGAACAGAAGGUGGAACUGGAGGCCAGUGCUCAGGCGAGGGGACAGGAAGUCAAUGCUCUCCGGCAAGAAAUUACACGUUUAAGGGAACGACUUCAUGGAGAGUUGCCUACCCAGAAUCCCGAGGAUCCCCCGCCUCAGCUGCCCUCGCCUGCAGAGUGUAGCGUAGCUUCUACUGUGGUGGCAGCAGCUGGGGCCCAGCCACACAGACCUCACCUCUCUGAGCUGAUGUCUACUGGCCUCAGCCCUGCUCCACCAUCCCCGCCUGGGUCUUCCCACCCAAAGAGAAAUGAGUAUGAGGAAGAGGAAGAGGAGACUGAGGAGGAGGAAGUGCUACUCUGGGAGGCGAUGUGUAAUGAAGACAUGCCUGCUGUGUUCCAAUAUUUUACCAAGGAGGCUCUGUGUGAGGAGGAGGCAGGAAGUUUGGACCUUAAAGAUCCAAGUCGACCACGGUUCACGCUGCAGGAGCUCAGAGACGUCCUCCAUGAGAGGAAUGAGCUGAAGGCCAAAGUGUUCCUGCUACAGGAGGAGCUGGCUUACUACAAAAGCAGUGAAGAGAUGGAAGAAGAAAACACAACUCCUUCACCAUCUCCAUCACCGGAACCCAGGACUCGGACUCCUUCGACACAGCCGGAGUCGGGGAUCAAACGCCUGUUUAGUUUCUUCUCACGUGACAAACAGCGAACUCCACAGCGGAGUGCGCAGUACGACGGCGGGCUUGGCCCGUGGACCGUGAAGGACGAGGUGUACACAGAACAAGCCCAGGAGGCGUUACAGCACAUGUAGUUACUGGACACUAGGACUGGUGGAAGUUCCUUAAACGCCAAAACACUUAACACUCCACGAUCACGAUGAUGACACCACUAGUGACUCAUACUACUGCAGAAGUGUCAUGUACUCCAGGUGAGCGGAGAACAUUUUUUUCAUGUUUAUUUAAAUACAUUUUUUGACUGAUAAGAUAGAGACAAAAGGGGUGAGAACUUAACAUUUGUUUGAGUAAUAGUGGUUUUUCAAACUCCAGUAAUGUUUGUGUGUUGGCUGUACUCCAGAGUGAAGGACGUUUUUAAAAUAUCUACUUGGCUAAAGAAUUGGGAUACAAAAAGGUGUUAUUACCAAUCUGUGUUCAAACCAGCAGGGCCUGCUAUAACCAGGAAUUUAAGGUGAUUUCCGAAAGGUUUGCUGAAAUCAACAACAAAAACCAAACCUGAAAAUUAUCAAGAAAAUACUUUUGUGUGCCAUUCAAGCUGCUGUCAGUGAAAUCCUUCGGUUUGAGUCCUGUAUGUUAACUGAUGGAGGUGUGAUAGCUUCAUACUCUGACCCUAGAUGUCUAUGUAAACAGUUAGGAUGAGGACAGUGUGUCUGGACUACUGCUCUGAUCCCAGUGUCACAGCGAUUUAAGUCCCUAAACUGAACAGUGAGUGUAUUCACCUCUGCUGUGAUGGCUGAUUAUCUAGUUUGUUAGUACUCAGUUGACCAGUGGACUGGUACAAACUGCACAUUACAUCUUACAGCUCUGCACAUCAGUAUCGGCUGUCAAACCUUUGAUCACCACUGCACUGCACUUGAUUUCUGAUACUCACCAUGUCAGUGGCCAGUUUGUGGUGAAAUUAACUGUAAAAAACAACAUUUAAAAGACUUAUGUUAAAACAUAUCUAUAGUUGUGUCUAGAGAUACACUAUAUGAGUUUUUUUUACAAAUAAAAGCUAUAAAUAUUUUUGUACUGGUGUAUUGGUAUAAUAAUUUAUAUUUUAAUUUAGUAUUCUUCUCAUGACCAUUUGUUUACUUUGACAUAAUGAUAACAAAUGCUAAGAUGUAAAAGUAACAGUUCUGACUCUUUAACAGUUGAUUUAUUUGUUGUGUAAAAAGAGAGAAUGAAUCCAAUGGUUUGGCUUCACUGUGAUUACAUGUCCAUUAAGACAAAAAGACCAAACAUAAUAACAAACCAAUUCAGCUGCAUCUUAAAACGUUUUAGAAAUUAAGCUCUGUGAUUCUAUCAUUAAUGAUCUUGGCUUUUUCACUAUCUCAAGAAAACAUUUUGUAUGUUUAAAACUCCAGUGGCACAGGAACAUCCACAUUCAGUUUUCUUGUUUUAGCUUGUUAGCUGCUGCCGCUUCAUACUCAUUUCGUCAAGUUUCUGACGUGCUUGUGUUGAAACUGGUAGACUUUUACCUUCCUCUAGAAAUGUUGUCAGAGCACACAAAAAGCUUCCCACACAUGCUAAAUGUUUUAUCCAAUAAGGAGCCUAAACUUGUAAGAAUGGUGGUCCCAAGUGGGAUGACAAAAGGUAGAGGAAAGUGACCAGGGUGUAACAUCACUGACAGCAGCUUUAUUGUGUUUAUCAUUUCUGUCACCAGCAAUAUCUCAAAUAAUAAACAUAAGGUGCCUCACUACAGCAGUAUUGUCAACACUGUAAUGUACAAAGGUCUGUCACAAUAACUGUUUCCUUAAAUAUUCAUUGCCUCAAGAAAUGUAGCAAUGAAGGAUACCGCUACUAUAUUUCUUGGGCAACUGACAACAAAGGAUUGUGAAUAUUUUUUUGAAUCUCUGGUCACAGUGUGGACAGUAGCCUGUGUUUUAUACUUGCCUCAUUGCUUAUGAGAUAGUAAUCAUUUGUCUACCCAUCUUAGUACAGCUAACUGAUGACUUUCAGAUAUUAACGACAAGAAAGAAUUUUAAAUAAGGCAAAUAUCUAAAAGUGAUUGAUUUUGAAUUAAACCACAUGUACAGUAUUAAGUAACAGACCCAGGUUUUGGCCUGGCCCUGCCCGUCCAACAGACGGCUUACUAAAUCAGUUAUAUAUUUUCAAAAAAUUAAUCUCUCCUUAUUUUUGUGGCAUAAAUGGGCUUUAUACUGCAUGUAUGUACACUACAAUUCAGAAUACUUUGAAUUUGGUCAGAAAUAAUUUACCAUAAACAUUUGUAUUUUUUGAGAAUGUACUUUGUGCCAAUUGCACAAGUUCAACAGUUUUAAUGACAACAACAGUGUCAGAGUCACCAGCUGAACCAAAGCACACAUCAGUCAGUCAUUCUCCUCCUGACUGACCAGUCAAGUAAAAUAUUGCUGUAUGUACAUUUAUUAGAAAAAUAUCUUAUGCAGCAUCCUGAUAUUUUAAUGAGAACUGUCAUUAAUUGUGUGUAUUAUUGUUGUUAAUAUUAUUGGCUGCUCUUAACAAACAAAUGCAAAAUAUAACUUGAUUUUACAAACCAAUGUUUGACACCUUAUCUCAGUUUAUUUAUCUUAUCGGGAAUAAAAAAAGGAGCAUUUAAUCAGCUCUAUUGUCCUUUUAAAACAUUUUUAAACAGACAAAAAUAAAAAACAAAAAGGCCGAGUGGAGUAGCACAUUUUAAAUUAGUCCCCACUUGUUGAUGCUUCUCUGUGUGUACGUCUCUUAACUUAACACUGAUGUAUCUUCUCCCGCGAGAGGCCAUAAGUAAGUGUGUUUAAAUCCUGGUGGCACUUUAACUUGAACUAUUUUUAACCAGACUGGUGGAAUAAAUAAAUGUAAAACAGUGAAAACACUAAAAGGACUGCAAUGAAGGUGUAAAUGAUUGUUAAAGCAGCUAUAUUUAGUUUACUCAUGCACAGCAAUAAAAAGUGAAAAGAGAUUCAACUGCCCAAAUGUGGACAUUGAAGGGAACUAAAGAUUCACAUAUGUAAAGAGAUUAAAGGGAAACACAAGUAAAAGAAAAAGAGUAAUGUUUUCCAUAAGUGAUGGCAGUUUUGAGCUUGUGAUUUCAGUCAGUGUUGAUCAUUUGUUUCCUUUUGUCCUCUAUGAACCCUGCUCAGUUGAAUAUUUAAAAGAUAUAAUGAAAUGAUCAUUGCUUUAUUAAAUAAAAUGGCUUUUGU